AUGCUCACAAUGACAUUUUCUAAGGGCAAUCCCACCAAUAAAGAGACCUCUACUAGCUGCUUUGGUUCUCUUCUUCACCCUGAUUGGUGUGAUCACAAACGUUAUGUUACUCAUCGUGAUUAUAUGUCAAUGGAAAAUUUCCUUUCGAUCUCAGCACUUUACGUUCUUCGUGCUGAAUAUGAUUACCUCGGGUCUAGUCUAUUCCGUAACAAACCUAUGGGUGUCCGUUCCAUCUCGGACACAGUCAUGAUUACGCUGGCAACUCCUAAUACUUUGGGACAUUGGGGAUACCUCUUAUCAUCGCUGGCUUUCACAGUGUAUCGUUUUGGUCUAUUUAUGUCUAAAAGUAUUGCAGAAAGGACCACUUGCAUCAAGGUGCUACUGAUUUCAUCAUUGAUAUUGCCGCUCUUAAUCACGUUUGGUUCAACUGCUCUUGGAUGUUACAAAAGGUAUAAUCGCUUUUCUCUGGCGUAUACCUUCAGCUGCUCAAAUUGCGACAAUCUAUUCCUGGGAAUUUCUUACAUCGAUUUCAAUUUAUACGCCGGACAAUCGAUACCACUCAUCAUGAUAACUGCUUAUGCUAUAAUACUCAUCAGUGUUUAUCGAAACCGUAAGAACCACGGUGGCUUUAGUCGACGGCAAUCACUUGCUGAUGCCAGACUCGCAUUUCAAUUCAUAAUUAUCUGCUCUUCUCAGUAUCUCUCUACAUUCUUAUUCUUUAUAAUUCCAAAGGUGGGCCACGGUAGCGAUUGGAGCAUACUCGUAAUGAACAGCAUAGGUAAGUAAAU